UGUGUGCAUGCGUAUCUGUGUUUCACGUUUACGGUGGUUUAAUGAUUUUCAACAUAGAGAUCAGUUAUUGCAUUUACUGGGGAUGGAAUGGAAAAAAAAUAAAAUAUUUUAACAAUAUCGCAUUUUUAAAUAAAAGUCUUUGUUAUGUAACGUCGCUAUAAGUGAAAGUUACAUUUGUAAUAAGAGGCCAUUUAAUGAAUAAAGCAAGUAAGACUUGUAUGUUACCACAACACACAUUUUGGUGGAAGAGAUGUCCCUGAUGUCGGGCCUUUUUUUUUUUUUUUGGCCUGCCUAAUUAAUAUUAAGGACGCCAGCAGGCAGACAGCGGAGUUGCCCCGAACGAACAUCUUGUCCGACUUCCCAAAGCGAACUAAAAACCAUCCCGACUGCGUGAGCCUCCUCCUCCUGUGCCGCUCCGCUCACCGAAGACGUUUCCCCGACGGGGCUUGACCGUGUCGCCGUCGGACUUCUUCACGUUUGGACUACUGCUGUACUACUUUUUCUAGAGGAGGGGGAUUUUCAACGCUUCCCAGCGGCAGAAGAUGUCCGCGUGUGACGGUGAAGAAAGUGUGCCUUGUCCGUCGGGAGGCCAGCGGCGGCUUCCCUCCGCCGAGCUAACGCGCUAGCGUUUACAGGUGUCUUCGAAGGCGGCGAAGAACCGACCGCAUUUCCAUUUUUUGCUCGACAUCGGGCUUCUUCGACGCCCAAUGCCGUCACUUUAUUCAACUUAACGUGCCUGUAAUCAUUUUAAACCGGCGAGGGUGUCGCUUUGCCACCUUGUUGUUAGCCGUUAGCCUCCGAGUUAGCCGCCGUGCUGUGUUUACACCGAACGGUGGGCUAACCCUCUCGUUAGCUUUGCCUUUGGCUGCUAUCGAGAGGACCCCGGAGCUACAUGUGCUUAACCCCGAAUGUAGCUUGGUUUUCACCGACUUAACCCCCCAAAAAGACGUCCUCGCCACCGGGCUAGCCUGCCUGGUUCGUGUACACUUGAAGCCACCCGGCCGCGUUGGACGGACUCUUAAGCUGUGCCUGCCGCCCUGGACUGACCCACCCACCCACAAAAGGGGGCUAACUAUCCGCCGGGGCCGAUGCUGACAGUUCGGGCCGGAGCACGGCAACGCCAGGAGCCGCCACCACCGCCACCGCAGCAGCGAUGCAGCCCCAGCAGAUCUACGACUUUUCCAGUGACGAGAACAGUCACAAGUGGAGAGGCCUCUUCGUGCAAGCACUACGCAAGGUGCAGAAGCAGGUCCACCCCAACCUCCAGGCCAAGGAGGACGCCUUGCAGCACAUUGAGGAGCUGAUCCUGCAGCUGCUCAACAUGCUGUGCGUGGCGCAGCCUCGCUCCGUGCAGGACGUGGAGGAGCGAGUUCAGAAGACCUUUCCCCACCCGAUAGACAAGUGGGCCAUCGCCGACGCGCAGUCGGCCAUCGAGAAGCGGAAGAGGAGGAAUCCCUUGCUUCUCCCCGUGGACAAGAUCCAUCCGCUGCUUAAGGAGGUCCUGGGCUACAGAGUGGACUACCACGUGUCGCUCUACAUCGUGGCUGUUGUCGAGUACAUCUCGGCGGACAUUUUGAAGUUGGCAGGCAACUACGUGGGCAACAUUCGGCACUAUGAGAUCAGCCAGCAGGACAUCAAAGUGUCCAUGUGUGCUGACAAGGUGCUUAUGGACAUGUUCGACCAGGAGGACGACAUCGGCCUGAUGUCGCAGUGCACGGACGAGCCGUCCACGUCCGGCGAGCUCACGUACGACGACCUGGUGCGGCUGGAGAUCGCCGAGGAGCGCCAGUAUCUGCGCGAGCUGGACCUCAUCAUCAAAGUGUUCCGUCACCACUUCCUGUCCAACUCCAAAAUCUUUACGCCACGGGAUGUGGAGGUGAUCUUCAGCAACAUCCUGGACAUCCACGAGCUGACGGUGAAGCUGCUCGGCCUCAUCGAGGACGCCGUGGAGAUGACGGCCGACGGCAGCCCUCACCCUCUGGUGGGCAGUUGCUUCGAGGACCUGGCCGAGGAGCAAGCGUUUGACCCCUACGAGACUCUCUCUCAGGACAUCCUCAGCAAAGACUUCCACGAGCACUUCAACAACCUGAUGGCCCGAUCCACCGCGGGCCUCUACUUCCAGUCUGUAGCAGAAGGCUUCAAAGAGGCCGUUCAGUACGUCCUUCCACAGCUGAUGAUGGUGCCUGUGUACCACUGCAUGCACUAUUUUGAGCUCCUGCAGCAACUUCAGGAGCGCAGUGAAGACCAGGAUGACAGGGAGUGUCUGAAGCAGGCCAUCACGGCGCUACUCAAUCUCCAGUGCAGUGUGGAGCGCAUCUAUGCCAAGCAGCAGCCGCGGCGAAAACCCGGCGAGCCCAUGUACCGCCUGUACAGCCGGCAGAUUCGUAGCAAGCACCUCGCCAUGCGCCGAGUACCGCCUGAAGGAGAAAUUUGUGCUCCGCAAGGUGCGCAUCGUGGACCGCGAGGACUCGCCGGAGCUGCGGCACGCCUUCGAGCUGAUGGGCAAGGACGAGAACUGCGCCGUGUUCUGCGCGCGCACCGCCGAGGAGAAGGCGGCUUGGAUGGCGGCGCUGGUGACGCUGCAGUACCGCUCCACGCUGGACCGCAUGCUGGACACGGUGCUUCAGCACGAGGAGCGAGCGCACCCGCUCCGGCUGCCCUCGCCUGAGCUUUACCGCUUCGCCGUACAGGACUCGGAGGAGAACAUCGUGUUUGAGGACAAGGUGCAGAGCAAAACGGGCAUCCCCAUCAUCAAGGCGGGCACUGUGGUCAAACUCAUCGAG